CUUUGCCUUGUUAUAAAUGAACAUGUCGAUGGAACUAUUACAAGCAUAGAAAACAGUAAGAAAAAAGAAAGAAAAAAGAUCGAUGGCCGAGAAAGUAGAAGGAUUCGAAUUCUCACAGAGUCACGGUAAAGAGAGAGUAAGAGUGGCGCGUGUCUGGAAAACCAAAGACGGUCAAAGACACUUCGUGGUUGAGUGGCGCGUUAGCAUCAAUCUCCUUUCCGAUUGCAUCAACUCAUAUCUUCGCGAUGAUAAUUCUGAUAUUGUUGCUACUGAUACCAUGAAAAACACUGUGUAUGCAAAAGCAAAGGAAUGUUCGGAAAUACUUUCGGCCGAGGAUUUUGCUAUUCUACUUGCCAAACAUUUUACAUCAUUUUACAGGCAGGUUACCACUGCUAUUGUAAAAAUUGUGGAGAAACCAUGGGAGCGAGUUAGUGUCGAUGGUCAACCUCAUGAACAUGGUUUCAAACUUGGAUCUGAGAAGCAUACAACAGAGGCAAUAGUGAAAAAGUCCGGCGCACUACAAUUGACUUCUGGAAUUGAAGGACUGUCUGUGUUGAAGACAACCAAAUCUGGUUUUGAGGGUUUUAUAAGAGACAAGUAUACAGUACUUCCUGAUACACGCGAAAGAAUGCUGGCAACAGAAGUAACUGCACUAUGGAGGUAUUCGUAUGAAUCAGUAAAUAGCAUCCCGCAGAAGCCGCUUUAUUUUACAGACAGGUACCUGGAUAUAAAAAGGGUUCUGGUUGACACCUUUUUCGGCUCUCCAAAGGAAGGGGUCUAUAGUCCAUCUGUUCAAAGCACUCUCUAUCAGAUGGCAAAGGCCUCACUGAACAGAUUUCCAGACAUAGCUUCUAUUCAACUAAAGAUGCCAAAUAUUCAUUUCUUACCAGUCAAUCUCUCAAAUAAGGAUGGUCAGAUUGUAAAGUUUAAUGACGAUGUGUUUUUACCAACGGAUGAGCCACAUGGGUCAAUUGAAGCUAGCUUGAGCCGCAGUCGGUCAAAGUUGUAGAAACUAAUAAAACAUCUCAGUUCAUCCCUUCUGGUCAAUCGGCGGUGCAGCUUAAUUUAAGAUCAUGUAACAAGUAAACAUGGAAAGAGAGACACUGUUUUCAAUUAACAUGUGAUAUUAAUGUGAAUAUGCUGGUUUGUUUUCUUUGCAUAUGAUGGUGUUAUGAUGCAUGUUGCACCAAUGAUCAAAACUGUUGUUGGGUUAUAUAGUUUGGAUGAGGGAAAUUCUAAUGAAGUCAAAUAAAUCCCUUAUGUCCUUAGGGAGAAUGAAAUAAUUAAGAGUUACAUUUAUGAUAUUAAUGAAGUACUGUGUUUUGGUCAUGCAA